AACUGACUGCAAGCAGCAGCGAAGCAUCAAAGGACGUCGGCUUUUUUACGACGUGCGAACAGCUGUCAGCAGAAUACACUCAAUAAAUUCAUGAAAUUCGAAACAGCACCAAGGCAGCCGACCGUCAAGUCCAGCACAGCGGAUGCGCGUCGGAUCCAGAACCAACAGACAGGAUGAACUGAGACAUUACGCGCGAGAGGUUGCCACGGGCACGUUUGGGCUUGACCUCGGCGGAGAUCGUUUCUUGGGACAAGCGGCUCGCACGGUGAUGAUGUAUCAAUGAAGAAUGUCACUGCGACCGACUCUGUCCAAACAGGGUUGAUGAAGCCCUCGGCGGUGUCAUGCGUCUUGCCCCGCAGCCAAGCGCGCAACCCCUGCGGCUUCUAGUUCUGCUCCUCCUCGCGAAAGCGGUCCCCUCAUCCCCGGUAAUCUCCACUGGCUGCCCGGACAGGUGCGUGUGUGACGACCAACUUGUGGUCCAGUGCGCUGGGCAGCAUCUGACCACCUUCCCGGUCAACCUUCCGCUGGCCACGCGGCAGCUCAUCAUCUCAAACAACCGUAUCGCGGAGCUACCGCCUCUCGCGCUCAACUACCUCUCUGACCUGGUGUACCUGGACUGCAGCAACAACUCUCUGACGGAGAUCUCAGAGUCCACUUUUGGGAAUCUACGCAAGCUGGCCUACUUGGACCUCUCCUUCAACACUCUGACCCGGAUCGAGGACAGGACGUUCGGCCCCUUGGCGAGCUUGGUGAUGCUGAGGAUGACGGACAAUCCGGGGCUCUCCGAAAUUCACCCGGACGCUUUUGGGGAGAACGCGGCCCUUCAGGUACUCGAUGUGAGCCGAAACAACCUGACGGUCUUCAACAUCACCUCCCUGAUCGCGCUGCCCGCCCUGCGCUCAGUGGGGCUCAGCGGGAACCCGUGGAGCUGCGAAUGCGACAACGAGGACCUGUCCUUGUGGGUCCAUCUGGAGGGCUUCAAGUUCCAAGAUGAGGGCCAGACGGUGUGCGGUUCACCUGCUGAUACUCAGGGCCGUCGACUGGGGGAGGUGGGCAUCCAGCUACGGACGUUAUGUCAUCAAACACUCGGCUCCUGGGACUACCUUUUCUUUGUUGUCAUCGGCUUUGUCAUCUUCGCUGCUGGCACCGUGUCGGCCUGGGUGAUGGGUGUCAUCAUGGUGCUCUAUGAGCGCUACAUCAAGAAGAAAGACGAGCAGCUCGAGAUGGACGACGAGGAAGAAAGCAUUGAGACAGGCCGUGCUGCGAGCACCAGGAGUGGCCAUGACAAUGGGAAUUUAAAAACUUCACAUACUGUUUAAAACAAAAAUCCCACCCCUCUCGCCAUGGAUUCCCACAGUGCCUCCUUUCAACUUCCACGACUGUCUGAGAAGUCUCAUGAAACUGGGUCCGUUUAUCAGGCUCAGAUCUGUUAAUGAAUGGAACAAGGAAUGUGUUUCUAUCAUUUUUAGUGGGCUUCCAGGUGUUGUUACACACACUGUAGUCGCCAUAGUGGAGGUCUCCAGUCCUUGGGUAAUACAUAGACUAUGUAUGCAAAUAUAUGACCACAUAUUUUGUUACUUUAUGUGCAAAGUUAGCAUUAAAAAAACUCAAAAACAACAUAUCUCAGAAAAACUCUGAAUAUGUUUUCACAGAGAUAUUUCUGACUGAUCUUCACAUCAGUUUAAAAUCAGCUUUUCGAAAUUUUAAAGUUUAAAAGUAAAAAAAAAAGUCAAGACAAGGCAAAGAUAGAAUCUUAAGCUAAAAGUAACCUACCCCCAGGUUACCUGUGAACUGCGACCUGCACUAUAGUAACACCAGUUGAAAUAAAGACGGAAAACGUGGCUUACAGUUUGUGCUUUGCUGAUGAUAUUGUUAACACUGAGUAGGAAAAGUGUGUUUUUGUGACUGUAGUUGUAGUUUUUUUUCUCCAGAUCAGUUUGUCUUUUUUAUUGGUACAUUUUUCACUGAAUAUUCCUCUAAGAUGCUUUAUUAUGGUUAUUUUAUGGAUGUACUGAGGAAAGCUGGAUACCAGAACUAAAGAUGUUGACGGCUUGCUUGACAGAAACAGAGCUCUAACUGGAUUUGUAGCUCAGUGAAGGAGCACAAAAGUAUUUUCCUCCAAAAAGACCUUCACCUACUGUCUACAGCUAUUGGCCCAUAGCUGUUUCACUGCACUGAUAUCAUAAAAAUAAAACUCAUUGAUAACGUUUAUAGGAAAAAAUAUGUUUUGGGCACAGAAGAUCUUGACCACUGUGAAAAAUGAACAACACAGACUUUUUUUUUUAUUAAAAGACAGACAUUUGCUGAUGUUGA